UCGUCUAAAAUAGAACAAUUAAAAGAAAAUAUGAAAUUAGAGACAAGAGAGAAGCAAAACUGAAAACGAAAAACUUUGACUACACGACACCGUUCCCCUUGUCCUUCUUCCCACAUUGAUCAAGCGAUCACCGCCUUUUCCAUGCGCCCGGCCACCGUCAUCCGCCCCACUGUAACAAGGUCGUCCCACUCCAUGCGAGCCAAUGUUUUAUAGAAACUCAGCUCAAUAUUUUCUCAAAUCUAGUUUAUGAACAACGCUCUUUCGGAUGGUAGGGGGUAAGAUGCCAACAAGGGAUUGAGCUGUCGUGUAUGAAAUAUGUAUAGAUUUUGCGCCCAUAGCACUGCAUAGAUGCCUGGCGAUAUGGAGAUGCAAAUACAUCACAUUGAGCAAGAAGCAUACACUUCAGUGUUGCGUGCCUUUAAAGCUCAAGCCGAUGCCAUUACUUGGGAGCAAGAAAGUUUAAUUACUGAACUUAGGAAAGAGCUAAGAGUAUCGGAUGAGGAACACAGAGAGCUUCUGUCUAGGGUCAAUGCCGACGACAUCAUUGGGAAGAUAAGGCAAUGGAGGAAGAGGAAAGCAAGCGGUUUUCAACCUGGGAUGGCAAGUGGUGGGCUUCAGCCUUCCCAUGAUCAGGUGCCAAGUUCAACUUCAUCAUCACACAAGAAAAAGAAAAAGUCAAAAGCGUCAUUACCCUUGGUUGCACCAUCUCCAGCAUGUAAUCUAUCUAAUAAACCAUCUUCAUCAAUCCCCAAAAGAGGCCUCUCAAGAACUGAGGGAAAAAACCCACAGCCUUCCAUGCAGUACCCAGUUACAGGUUUCAGUGGAAGGCACCAAGCUCCUCCUGUUCAGACUUCUUCAGGCCCAGUUGGGACAGCAAACUUUGAUCCAUUAAUUCGAAGAAAAGUUUUGUCAAGGACUGAAGAUGAAAACAUCUAUGAGGCUUUUAUAACAGACUAUAAUCCACUGGAAAUAUCACCUGAUGACAUUCAGUUGGAAAGUGAUGGUCCUAGAAAGUCUUCCAAAGGUUCCCAUAAUGGAAAAAAUCAAGCAUCGAAGAAGUCUGUGGUUCGUGGAGGUGCAUCUGCUGGUUCUGGAAGGGGUAAAGGAGUUAAGAAGUCUCAGUUAGAGAACAAUAUCAUUCCAACACAAAGUGGCACUGGGAAGGGAUCUAUGGGUGACAUUGAAAUACUUCACACUGAUACUCUCUUAGAACAGGUGGAGAAAGUUUGUGCGUAUUAUCCAGAACCUGAUGUAAUAGAGAAAUCAAAGAAAGUUCUCAAAGAACAUGAACAAGCCCUUGUUGAUGCGAUUGGGAGGCUUGAAGAGGCAUCUGAUGGUGAAAGUGUUCACAAGACUGUAAGUGGAAGAAGAACAUGAAUGGAGGAAUAGCAAAGGUUGCUGCAAAUUUGCUUCAGAAAGAUUAUGGCAUUAUCUUGACCAGGGUUUUCAAGGCACCUGUAUCACUAUCUCACAAUGCUACUCACCUAGAGAUCUUUAUUGGCUCAGUUUUUUCUUUGUACAAAAAUGUAAAUUGAGAUUUGAUUCAGUAUAAGUAUGCUGGAUAUAUAUAUAUACAAGGUCUACAUUUCCUAUAAAAA